ACCUAGAAUUUCACAUAGAACACUUAACAAGUUACAUUCUAGAUAUUUAAAAUAUUUUUCUGUUUAUUUAACACUAUCCAAAUUCAAAUACAAAUCGAAAAUGAAUCGUGUGCUUGAGGAUGUGAUCCAUAAGAAUGUCGCAAACACGGAGCGCAUUACAGCUGAGAAUACCGUGGGCUAUGUGGUCUCUGAUAAUACCAGCGGAAGUGUGGCAGCAACAUCUUUUGAUAAUACCACAGCCCAGGGCAUUGUGAAGCACAUGAAUGGUCUUCUAGUUGGUCUGGUGCAGAGUGCUGUUCGGGAUCUCGAUCCGACCAAUAAGUUGUGUUACUUGCGUGUGGCCUCGCGCAAAUUUGAAUAUCUUGUGGCCCCGGAAGAUAUGUUCACCAUAACCGUACUACAAUAAUGUUUUAGUUUCUCGAGUUUUAAACAAGUUAAUAGAGUACUAGGAAUGUGUGUGGGCGUUGAGUAAAUCAAAUAUACAAUGAAUGGAUUGCGAGUAA